UACUGUUUACAAUAGCUCUCACAAAACAUAUGAAUGCAAUUGGCUUAUGAUUCAAUUUGCAAGCUACAAGGUAUUACUUGCUGUAGGACACAGUAGUCUCUAUGUCCAGCUCACCAAGACUGUGUAGAGAGUUGGGAGAAAGUUCCCCCACAUCACCAAACAAGAAGUUGCAGCGCUCAGUUCGUAACCAGACAUCUCCUGGUCUCAAGAACAACCCUCCAUUGAGACUGCGUCAUAUUGAUUUGACAGCCCCCAACACAAUUUAUGACAUCUUCAUUCAAUGUGGAGCACAAACUAGCUACAUCAAUCAUCUGGACAUCAGCUACAGCAUUACAGAAAGCACCACACUAAAGAUCCUUUGCACUGGCUUAACUCAAUUACACACACUGAUUGCUGUGGAGUGUGGCCUGUCACAUAUUGCAGAGGACACUCCAUGGCCGUCCUGCUUACGAAGUAUUGACCUCUCAAGAAAUCAAUUGAAUAGUCUCCCACUCAAUUUGUGUGAAUUACUCGAAUUAACAGAGCUGAAUCUUUCUGGAAAUGCAAUCACUGAGCUCAAUCCAUCGCUGCUAGCUCUCCCCAAACUUACAAAAAUUCGCCUGCUGAAUAAUCCAAUCCGGAAUGUACCUAAGAAUAUCUGUAGGGACGGUAUAAAAGGAUUGCGUCAAUUCUUCAAAGUAACUCCACGAUCUAUCCCAAAUCUUGAUAAGAAACACCCUGACUUUAGGAGAUAUGCACUGCACAACCAGGCAUCAACUGACAGUGGGUACGAGUCUCGGCAAAGAAGUAGCAGUCAAUGCAGUGCUAGUUCAUUCAGUGAUAUAGACUCAGUUGGUUCUGUGGAGGAAGAGUGGCCACUGUUUGGACAUGGUUGUCUACCUGCUGGCUAUUCUGAAGCUGUUCAGCUGUCCAAUUUGUGCCAGGUAUACCUCCCCGAUGGAUGCGAUUUCGAAAUUACGAUAGACACUGUCAAAGAUUUGUCUCUUUAUCCUAAAGUUUCAUCUAAUGAGCUCCUGAUAUCACCAGUAGUAAGAAUUUCCCCUCAUGGAAUCAAGUUUCCUCAAGACAAGUCUGCAAUCAUAGUUCUCAGUCAUUGCACUAAGCCAAUGGACACUGCUCAGCAACAACGCAUUGUGCCUCUCUGUAGUGAUACAGGGAUGAAUCUUUAUCCAAACUGGACUGAACUAUCUUUGUCUGAAACACCUAAAAUGUUCAAGGACUGUGUAAUGUUUACCACCACACACUUCAGCUUGUUUGCAGUUCUCGCUUCAAUACCUUAUCCCUCGAAAUCUAUUGUCGCUUUGCCCAACGAAUACAAUCUUCUCGAAAUACAAGAAAUCGAAGGCCUCAGAAUUGAAUUCCUUCCAAAUAGUGUAGCCUCACCUACAAGGGUCGAUGCAACAGUUUACUAUACUGAUCCACCCUAUGCUAUAGCAAACUCAGAGCUUAGUCCAGCUACAGCAUGCCUUGGUGUGGAACCACACGGUCUACUGUUCAACCGUCCAGUAAGAGUAUCAGUACCUGUUCCACACUUCAGAGAAAUCAAGCAACUAUUUCCUGCUGCCAGUAUACAGCUUUACCAUGCUCCACACAACAACACUGGUAAUGGACAGUUGAAAUGGAAGCUUGCUGAAAAUCAAUACUACGAAAUUACUGCAGUGAAUGGAGUAACUGUCAUUUUAUUUAAGACAGCUCACUUCAGCUUGUAUAAUUUUGUUUGGAACGUUAGUGUAGAAACUUUGCAAAAGUUUGGCCUGGGAGCAUCGUACGUUUACAAGCAUCUUACUGGCCGUGCAAGAUCCUUAUCAGUCAAAUGGCAAGCAUUCAUGACCCCUCCUCUAAGAGACUUAUCUUUUGGACUGGCUGUGUGUGUGUAUAAAUUUGGCGAGCCUUUGAAAAGAUUGAGCAACUAUCCAUGGCUAGUCGGUGAAGACUCGAAAGGUGUUUCCUUACAAGUUGGUGAGCUAGGAAUAAAUAUACAAGGUAAUUUUACAGCAAAUCAGGAGGUGGGUGAAAGUCUUGAUCGUACAACUGUAGUUGACUUCACUGGAGAGGACUUUGCUGUUCGAUUCGAUUUUGCGCUAAAACUAAGCGAUCAAUUACGUCUUCCAAUGGAAGAUGGCCAAUUUUUAGGGAAGCUGAAGUUCAGUCAGAUGAAUGGUGAUCGGAAAAACUUGGCAAGCUACAAUUUGCAUAAGCCUUUUCUCACUGAUACAGUACAGAGGAGUACAAAUGAAUUUCAACCAGAUCUUACACCACCUUCGACCCCAGAGGCCGAUGUUCAAAUGUUCAAUACAUAUUCUAAUCCGAUACCAAAUACAGCACAACCAGCAUUCUUGAAUCGAAAGCACAAGAGGCAAGACUCUACCGAUUCAAUUAUCUCAGAAACUGUGUCUGUUCGGUCGAAAAGAAGAUUGUUCCUUCGAGAUGGCGAUAUCAAUGAUCAAACUCUCCUAGAUAUUUCUCAGGCAGCUUGCUCGAAGUAUAUGGAUCUAGGAAUACGCCUUGGUCUAUCCUAUAAUGUAAUACAGAGUACAAUUGGUGGAGUGGGUUCGAGCAAGCCUGAACAUCUAAAGAUGUUGUAUGUGCUGCAAGAGUGGAAGGGGAGGGCAGCAAACAAGUUUACAUUUGAUGUUUUAUCUGAAGCUCUAGAAGACGUUGGACUGGCCAGUGUGGCACAUAACUUUUGCUAUGCAGAUCACAAUUAUUGA